CCAACAUUAAAAUCCAGAAGAAAAAAGAAAAAAGAAAAAAGAAAAAAGAAAAAUAGGAAAAAAGAAGAAAUUCCAGACUAUUAAAUCCCUGAAUCCUUUUCUUCCACAUUAAGGAAAUCUCUCUUCACUUUUUUCCUUCAUUCAUAGUUCUAUCUGGUUCUGUUUUAUCAAGGAGGAAAUAUUUUUUGUUGAAAUUAUGUCUGAGGGCACGUAUUUAAAUGGAAAUGGAAAUCGCCAAUAUGGGUUCAAUUCAAACGCGAAAUCCUUUAAGAUUUUUAUAGGUUAUGAUUCGCGGGAGGACGUUGCAUAUGAGGUUUGUCGCUACUCCAUACUGAAAAGAACCUCAAUCCCAAUUGAGAUUUUCCCCAUUAAGCAAUGUGAAUUGCGCCAAAAGGGGAUUUACUGGCGGGAAAGGGGGAAUUUAGAGAGCACUGAAUUUUCUUUCUCGAGAUUCCUAACCCCACAUUUGGCGAAUUACAUUGGUUGGGCCAUUUUUGUGGAUUGUGAUUUCUUGUAUUUAGGUGAUAUUAAGGAAUUAUUUGAUCUGAUUGAUGAUAAGUAUGCAAUAAUGUGUGUCCACCAUGAUUACACGCCUAAAGAGGCCACCAAAAUGGAUGGAGCAAUUCAGACUGUGUACCCAAGAAAGAAUUGGUCAUCUAUGGUUCUGUACAAUUGUGGGCACCCAAAAAACCGGAUGCUAACACCAGAGGUAGUGAAUAAGGAGACGGGGGCAUUCCUGCAUAGGUUUCAAUGGUUGGAGGAUAAUGAGAUUGGGGAAAUACCAUUUGUCUGGAAUUUUCUUGUGGGGCAUAAUGCGGUUGUCGAGGGUGAUCCCGAAACAUACCCUAAGGCUAUACAUUAUACGCUUGGAGGGCCCUGGUUCGAGAAGUGGAAGGAUUAUCAAUUUGGGGAUUUGUGGUUGAAUGAAUUGGAGGAGUACAAGAAGAGCGCAGAGAAGAAGGUGGACGACCUGAAAUGAGGCAUCACUUAGCUGAUCCCAUUCUUCACUUGGUUUUUUCGGUACGUUUAUCUCCGAACAGUCUGUGGAUCUAGUUGAUCUUCAUUAUUGUAAUAUUCAUAUUGUUUCGUCUGUAUUUGUUGUAUGUUGUGGUAUAGUCGAUCAUUCUCAAGAGAUUGGAUUGUAAUAUCAUAUUUCUUAGCGUGUAUUUAUUGGGGAUAAUGCUCUGUGUACACGAUAUACAUAGCUCAAUCCAUUUAUUGGAGCAAUAAAAUAACUUUGAAUUGUCCUUGA